AUAGAUAGCGGAUGCUCAAAACAUAUGACUGGAGAUGCAUCAAAUUUUACACACAUAUCUCCAAAGAAAAGCGGACAUGUAACAUAUGGUGACAACAACAAAGGUAGAAUUCUUGGAGUGGGUAAAAUAGGUACAAAUUCUUCAAACUCCAUUGAAAAUGUUCUACUUGUUGAAGGCCUUAAGCAUAGCCUGCUUAGCGUUAGUCAACUAUGUGACAAAGGCUAUCUAGUAUCAUUUGAUUCUCAGAAAUGUCUUAUAGAACAUAAGCAUGACAUUAAUAUAAAGCAUGUAGGACAUAGAGUCAAUAAUGUUUACAUGAUAGACUUAAGCAUAAAACAAGAAAACAAUCAUUGCUUUCUUAGUAAAGAUGAUGAUCCAUGGUUAUGGCAUAAAAGAAUUGCUCACAUAAACAUGGAUCACUUAAAUAAAUUAAUUUCAAAAGAUUUAGUAGUUGGUUUGCCUAAAUUGAAAUUUGAAAAAGAUAAAUUAUGCGAUGCAUGUCAAAAGGGCAAACAAACAAGAGUCUCAUUCAAAUCUAAAAAUGUUGUUUCAACCACUCGACCAUUACAGUUAUUGCAUAUGGAUCUAUUUGGUCCAUCUAGAACCAUGAGUUUUGGAGGAAAUUACUAUGCUUUAGUUAUAGUUGAUGAUUUCUCUAGAUAUACUUGGACAUUAUUUAUUACACAUAAAAGUGAUUCAUUCCAUGCAUUUAGGAAACUUGCUAAAGUCAUACAAAACAAGAAAAAUCUCAAGAUUGCAUCCAUUAGAAGUGAUCAUGGGGGUGAAUUUGAAAAUAAAGAUUUUGAAUUAUUUUGUGAUGAACAUGGUAUUGAACAUAAUUUUUCUGCACCAAGAACUCCUCAACAAAAUGGAGUUGUUGAGAGGAAAAAUAGGUCAUUGGAAGAAAUUGCAAGAACUUUAUUAAAUGAUACUUAUCUUCCAAAGUAUUUUUGGGCUGAAGCUGUCAAUACUGCAUGUUACAUCAUGAAUAGAGCCUUGAUAAGACCUAUUUUAAAGAAAACCCCAUAUGAGUUAUUUAACGGUAGAAAACCUAAUAUUUCUCAUCUACAUGUUUUUGGGUGCAAGUGCUUUGUACUUAAUAAUGGUAAAGAUAAUCUAGGAAAAUUCGAUGCAAAAUCUGAUGAAGGCAUUUUUCUUGGAUAUUCCUUACAAAGCAAAGCAUAUAGAAUAUAUAAUAAGAGAACUAUGAAUAUAGAGGAAUCCAUUCAUGUUACCUUUAUGAUUGAACCUAAAAAUAUAAAAGAAGCCAUAGUAGAUGAUAAUUGGAUCAUUGCCAUGCAAGAAGAACUAAACCAAUUUGAAAGAAACAAUGUAUGGAAAUUAGUAGAAAAACCUGAAAAUUAUCCUGUUAUUGGAACAAAAUGGGUUUUUAGAAAUAAAUUAGAUGAACAUGGUAUAAUUAUUAGAAAUAAAGCCAGGUUAGUAGCAAAAGGGUAUAAUCAAGAAGAGGGGAUAGACUAUGAAGAAACAUAUGCUCCUAUUGCAAGAUUAGAAGCCAUUAGAAUGCUUUUGGCAUAUGCAUCCAUAAUGAACUUUAAACUUUAUCAAAUGGAUGUUAAGAGUGCCUUUCUAAAUGGCUUAAUUCAAGAAGAGGUAUAUGUUGAACAACCCCCUGGUUUUGAAAUUUCUGAUAAACCAAACCAUGUUUAUAAAUUACAAAAGGCUCUUUAUGGUUUGAAACAAGCCCCUAGGGCAUGGUAUGAACGAUUAAGUAAUUUUCUUCUUGAAAAAGAAUUCUCCAGAGGUAAAGUGGAUACCACAUUAUUCAUAAAGAGAAGGCAUAAUGAUAUUUUGUUGGUUCAAAUAUAUGUUGAUGAUAUAAUUUUUGGAUCCACUAAUGAUUCAUUGUGCAAGGAGUUUUCCCUUGAUAUGCAAAGUGAAUUUGAAAUGUCAAUGAUGGGAGAACUAAAGUACUUUCUGGGAUUACAAAUCAAGCAAACUCAAGAAGGUAUAUUCAUCAAUCAAUCCAAAUACUGCAAGGAAUUGAUCAAAAGAUUUGGGAUGGAUAGUGCAAAACACAUGUCUACACCGAUGAGCACUAAUUGUUACUUAGAUAAAGAUGAAUCUGGUCAGUCUAUAGACAUAAAACAAUAUCGAGGUAUGAUCGGAUCUCUUCUUUAUUUAUCUGCUAGUAGACCUGAUAUUAUGUUUAGUGUAUGCAUGUGUGCUAGGUUUCAAUCCAACCCCAAACAAUCACAUCUAAGUGCAGUAAAGAGAAUCAUGAGAUAUCUAUUAGGAACAAUCAAUUUAGGAUUAUGGUAUCCUAAGAAUUCAACAUGUAACUUAAUAGGAUAUUCUGAUUCUGAUUUUGCCGGAUCUAAAACUGAUAGAAAAAGUACAAGUGGAACUUGUCAAUUUAUUGGAUCGGCUCUUGUCUCAUGGCAUAGUAAGAAACAAAACAGUGUUGCUUUAUCUACUGCUGAAGCGGAGUAUAUCUCUGCCGGUAGUUGUUGUGCACAAAUUUUAUGGAUGAAGCAACAAUUAUCUGACUAUGGCAUCAUUCUUGAUCGCAUACCUAUUAAGUAUGAUAAUACUAGUGCCAUAAAUCUAUCCAAAAACCCAGUUCAACAUUCAAGAACUAAACAUAUAGAGAUUAGACACCACUUUCUUAGAGAUCAUGUCUUAAAGGGAGAUUGUGUUUUAGAAUUUGUUGAUACUAAGAAUCAACUUGCUGAUAUUUUCACUAAAUUGGUGGCAUUAGGAAAAAUACUUCAGGAGGGUUCCACCAUACACAGUGUGGCUUAUGCAGAUGAUAUGGAUGCACAAAUUACUCCAAACAAAGUGGAUGCACAUGUGCCAAUGCCGGCUGAUGUGGAUGCAGAUGAUCUGAUGUGUGGGCUGAUAAAGUUGAGUUUUGAUAUUUACAACAAGCCUGUAGAAUUUGUGUUUGAUGGGAGUAAAUUUGGAAUUGUAGAUGGAGCUACAUCGAUCUUCCUAACAUAUUCUGAUGUUAGUGAAAUAAUGGUAGGUGACAAAAGUAUAUGGAUGAGUGGAGUUCAAGCUUGGGUCAUGGUUCCGUGUAUGCAUUCCUUGAGCCACAGUCCUUGCACAAUGCAAAGGAUAGACAUGGUGAAUGCCAACAAUACGUUGAAACAUGGCUUAAGGAAUCCCAACGAGAGGAAACCUGAUAUUCAUAUCAAAGCCGCAAUUAACAGUGCAAUGAACAAAUUAAAGAUGACUUCGCAUGGUGAUACUAAGCAAGCUGGACAUAAGUGGAUUGAAGUUAAGAGUCACAUUCAAACCGAAUGUUAUGAAUGUGGAUAUUACGUGAUGCAUUGGAUGUGGAACAUCGUAAGCGAGGAGGUGAAGACUGAUUGGUCCCUGCGGUUUGGUGAUGACAUGCCAUUGGACAAGGACACCAUGACAACAAUUCGGAAGAAAUGGGUUGGUGUAACUAUUAUUGUUGUCGUAGCAGGCUAUGGAUUUCUUGCAGGAAUGAUUGACAACCUUAGUAGAUGCACAAGUUCAAAAACUGAGAAAUUUAUCUUGAAGCAUCUGUUCAAAUAUUCAACAAUUGCAACUUUCUUCAUUGAAGUUAUGGCUAAGAUUGGUGGUAACACUACUGGCCCAGCCAGCCUCAUUUCUCAAACUCGUGCAGUUUCUUCAGAUGAGCUCAAAAAUGAUGAAGAAUAUGAUGAGAUACUUGAUGAUAUGAGACAGGAGUGCUCAAAAUUUGCUGAAAGGACAACGGAAGAGACAACCAUGAAUGAAACUAGCUCCAGAUCUCACCAAAUUCUUAGAUUGACAGUUGAAAGUAAUCCUUGUGAUUAUGCAGACACCGCAAGAUCCAGAGCUCUAUUUGCCUAUGUGAAUUUUGUUGAUCUAGCCAGAAGUGAGCGUGCUUCUCAAGCAAUGACAGCAUGCACAAGAUUGAGAGAAGGCUUCAUCAACUUUCACUUUGCAUUUCAGCUUAGAAAAGUUAUCUAUCUGCUCUCAAUUUUCCUGUUGAUUAUUGCUCUGUUACUAUGA